CACUCACAAUCUUCCCCAACAAACAAAAACCCCCCAAUUUGUAGGGUUUAUCUCCGCAAUAGGGUUUAUGCUUUUUCCUUUCAUUUCUACAAAUUAUGCAGUCUCAAUCUCAGAAUAUUGAUUCAUCAUCAAUGGCCGACAAAUCCACAACGCAAAAAAGGGGAGGCUCCAUCAGUGAAGAUGACGUCGCCCUUGUUCUGCAAAGAUACAAGGCCUCAACUGUGCUAGAUUUGCUUGGGGAAGUAUACCGCUUUCAGGAUGUUCAGGAUGUGAAAAUUGAUUGGAAUGCAUUGGUGAAGCAGACCAAGACUGGCAUAACAAACCCUAGGGAAUACCAAAUGUUGUGGCGCCAUCUAGCUUAUUGUGAUCCAUUAAUUGACGAGUUGGAAGAUGAUGCUCAGCCUAUGGAUGAUGAUAGUGAUCUAGAAUAUGAACUUGAAGCUUUCCCAACUGUUAGCAAUGAGGCUUCAGCUGAGGCUGCUGCCUGCGUGAAGGUGCUCAUUGAUUCUGGUUCAUCUAGUGACUCAUGUCUGGAAAAAGGGUUGACCAUCGAGGCUCCAUUGACCAUAAAUAUACCUAAUAACAAAUUAGAAAAUCCACAGCUUGGUAGUUCAUCGUAUGGGAUCAAUAUAACAAUUCCAGUUUCGGUUCCAAAGCAGACACUCCCAACAGUUUCUUCUGCUGAAGGGUUGGAUACAAAUGGAUAUGCAAACAGCAACUUGCCUCCUCGGAGGAAAAGAAAACCAUGGUCUGCAGAUGAGGACAAAGAACUGUUUGCUGCUGUGCAGAGAUGCGGUGAAGGGAAUUGGGCGAACAUCUUAAAAGGAGAUUUUAAGGGUGAUAGAACUGCUUCACAGCUAUCGCAGAGGUGGAACAUUAUUAAGAAACGGAAAAGCAACUCAAUCAUCAAAAUGGGCUCACAACUUUCGGAGGUACAACUUGCAGCUCGACGGGCACUUAACCUGGCCCUUGACAAGCCUGGAGCGGAUAAUUCAAAGGCGGCUUCCUCCCUUGGCAGCAAUCUUUCUGUGCAACCUACUGUGGCCGAACCUUCAUCUGCUGGCGCACUCCCGCAAAACCAAUCCCAACCGGAUUCUAAAAGAGCGAUUCCUAGAAGUCAACCAUUUCCAACUAGACCAUCGGCAAAGCCGCUAACGUCAGGCCCAGACGCAGUCAAAGCAGCUGCGGUUGCGGCUGGUGCUCGCAUUGCGACCCAAUCGGCAGCUGCAGCCAUAUUGAAGGCACAGCUGAAGAGUGCCAUCCACAUUAAAACAACGACCAGCGGAAACACUAGGCCGUCGCCUGCAACCCAUAUGGGUUCGGACUAUUUCCGUGAUCGAUAUUCUAGUAUGGCAGCAAACGCCCCACGGGCUAACCUUGGCUCGAGCCAUGCUAAUCCAAAUGUUGGACUGGCGGUGCAGCAGGUGAAUCCGGGCGGCAGUGGACCAGAUGUGAAUAUAGCAUCUGAGACCAGCGAUGGAACUGAGGUUAAACCAUCUGGCUCAGCCAGCUCGAUGGUUGAACCCGUCCAAGAAGAUCAAGUGGCGGUUUGUGGCGGUCCAGUCGUGGUUCAAGAUAAUCUGGGUUUGAAAGAUGAAGAUCUAGAAGAGCAACCUCCUCCUGUUUCCGGUAAUCCGCCAAAUUCAAAUCUUGAAUCAGAGUGACGAUGCUUUCGAUCUUGAAUUCUUUCUUUCUUUCUUGUUUUCUGGUUUUGUUAGGAAUUGUUUUGAGGAAAUAGAUGUCGAUUUUCUAACAUCCUUCCUGUUGACAUUUUGGUUUUCUUUGUAAAGUGGUUUCUGAUCUGAUAUCAUCGGU